GUCAGAGUAAAUAAAUGAAACGGAAGAAUGGUUGCACACUCUCGCUUUUCAUAUUUGCUACCGGUCUAAUAAUUUAUUUCGGCUAUUAAUGCAGAAUUAUGACACAGAAAUUAUCAAAAACAUUGAAAGAAGCUAUCAAAGAGGCAUUUGACCUGAUUGAUAGAGAAAAAGAAGGCAAAUUGGACAAAUAUGGUGUACGUGAAGUGUUGCAGCUGAUUGGUCAAAACCCUACUAAGAAAGAGAUGGACGAAUAUUUCAAAGGAAUUGAAGGUGAUAAGAUCGACAGGGAAGAAAUUGGAGAUUUUAUAGAACAAUUUGUUCAUCUAAAAUCACAAGAAGCUAUCAAUGAGGAGAUAGCUGGCGCAUUCGCCAAGUUUGAUACAAAUGAAGAUUUUGUUAUUACUAAGGCAGACUUUAGAGAGAUCCUGACGAAACUUGGUGACGAACCGUUAUCAAAUGCACAAGCAGAUAUGAUCAUUGAAGGACUUGCUUCAGAUUCCGAAAACGUUAAAGUUCCAGAUCUAUCAAAACUUUUAAGUGGCUGAGGGAAUUGGAUGACUGUGAUAUGAUGGAACAAACCAAGAAGACUUUUAUAAUUAUAUUUAUUUCAAUUUACAGAGUAAUUAAUAAUAAAUGAAAACACACCAAAACAAAACGUAAUGUUUAUAUACUUUGGUAUAUUGUCAACAAAAGUAUUUUUAUAACCGUGUAUGGUGUGUCAAGUCGGUGCUAUUGCCAACAGCUUGUCAAUUAGAUCUGAAAGGAAGAAAAUGUACAAUCAGUGGGAUCUGAAAUCAACUGGUAAAAUAUAGAAGAGACUUAAUAAUUCAAUAUAUUAUAUGCUCCAUAGUUCAUUUGUAGUAAACAAAUCAUCACCAGCUCUUUUUGCAAUGAUACGGUGAUGAAUACAUAUGCUAAUUGCAUUGCUUGGAUACAAGUUUAUUUUUAUAGGUUAUCAGCUAUUCACGAGUUCUGCAGCGGAAAUAUUGCCCGACUUAUUUAUAAAUGUAAUGUAAAAAUUAUGAAUUUGUUCAAUAGCCGGAAUAAGAUUAUCAUUACGGGAUGUAAUAAAUCAUAUUACUGA